AUGCAUUAUCCGAGUACCCUGUCACGCUCAGAAACCUGGCGCCUAUUAGCACUGGUGGGUGCCGGGCUAGCGAUCCUCAACACUACAUUUCAAGGCGAUGGAGCACCUCUCGUUGCCUCGAUUGCUAUUUGUGCCAUUGUGUUUGCAGUGGCUUUCAGUCUGAUAAGAUGGCUCGGACCGGUGUUUUUGAAGGCGGGCUUGAAGGGCAAAGAUAUGGCCAAGCCAAGCCGGCCCGAGAUCCCCGAAACUAUGGGUGCAGUUUGCGCUGUGGUUUACCUGAUGGCUCUUAUUGUCUUCAUCCCUUUUGCAUUCUACAAAGAUAUUGUAGCUGCCACUUCUGGCGGCGGAAACCGCGAUGUUGUCAUUGAAUCGCAACACAUCGAGAAUGGUCGAUUCUUGCACCGAUUCCCGCACAGCAAGCUUGCCUCCUACCUUUCCGGUCUUUUGUCCCUGCAAUCGGUGGUCAUUCUCGGAAUCGGAGAUGAUCUAUUCGAUAUCCGCUGGAGACACAAAGUCCUGAUUCCUGCCUUCUCGGCAAUCCCCAUGCUGAUCGUGUACUUCGUUGACUUCGGUGUCACGCAAGUUGUCGUUCCUGUGCCGCUGCAACCCUACCUGGGUGACGCCGUGGACCUAGGAUGGCUGUACUAUUUGUAUAUGGCAGCAGUCGCUAUCUUCUGUCCCAACGCAAUCAACAUGCUGGCGGGUAUUAACGGAAUCGAAGUUGCACAAUCGCUGGUAAUCGCCGUCCAGUUGUUGUUCAAUGAUGCGAUGUACCUGGCGCCUAUUACGCCAUACCCGCACCCUGCCACCGACUCCCACUUGCUGUCGAUCUACUUCCUGUUGCCCUUCAUUGGGGUAUCAGCAGCUCUGAUGUGGCACAAUUGGUACCCUUCAAGGGUAUUCGUCGGAGAUACGUACUGUUAUUUCGCGGGUAUGGUCUUUGCCGUUGUUGGUAUUUUGGGUCAUUUCAGCAAAACCCUGCUGUUGCUGUUCAUUCCUCAAAUUUUCAACUUUGUCUACUCAGUUCCACAGCUAUUCAAGAUCAUCCCCUGUCCGCGACACCGUUUGCCGAAGUUCAGCGCUUCUACUGGCCUUUUGGACGCUUCUGUCACGGAAUGGGCAAAUGCUCCGUCACCGAUGGUUGACGCCGCACUGCGCAUAUUGCAUGCAUUGCGGCUAGUGCGUAUCACGGAAAACGAACAAGGCCAGAUAACUGAGUCAACAAAUCUGACUAUCCUGAACCUUUGGCUGGUAUGGAUGGGCCCAAUGCGUGAAGACCAUCUGGCGUGGCACAUGGUUGCAGUGCAAACUGUCUGUGGGCUCAUUGGACUAUUUGUCCGACAUCGCCUCGCGUUACUGGUUUUUGAUCACGACAAUAGAGAGUUCGGAUUCAUUGCAUAG